GCGAAGCUGGUGGUGGGGCCUAAUCGCCUCGCCUCGUCUCGCCUCCCCUUCCCUUGACGACGGCGACGACGACAAGGAGCAGCUUCUGGAGCUGGCCUCUGCUGUCGACUUCCUUUUGCUGUCUACUCCUCUGCUGCUUCUGCUGCUGCUGCUGGAAACGGUGACUCGUCAGCCGGGACUCAUCUGCAUACAUGUGAAUUGAUGCUCUCCACAAUGGCAGUAUGCAUCGCAGCAACCUCGGAUGCUCGUCGCUGCGUCUGCCUCGGCGAGUCGCACCUUCGGCAACGGUAAACACUAGAGCUGAGCAAAAGAUUCAGAUUGUGAGCUCACUCACCGUCGAGCGGGGCGGGGCGGGGGGAGGGGAGGGGAGGUGAGGUGGGGCUGUGUCGACGAUCGCCCGGGUGCGCACUUUUUCAGUUAAUCCUGGAGUGCUUUAUCCUCUGGCCGAGUUUUACUUGUGGCGGGGGGAACAUCUCGUAUCAUAUUGUGCUAGGGCGGAUUAGAAUCUCCAGCAGGUCCAGGUCCAGGUCCGGGUAAAGCCCAAGAGCCUCUUUUGGGGCAUGCUCCUGAGACUGGUAGCUCGGGGCGGGGAGCUAGAAGCAGAGCGGGUCCACUGGAGCAGUAUUUCUCGCACGAAGGGCGCGAGGCUGAAUCCUGCGUGUGGCAAUUCUCAGAGCGAGGGCGAGGGCGUGUGCUUGUGUGAGGCGCCGAAGGAGGCGACCGUGAAUAUUUUUUGUGCAUCGUCUGCUGCGGCUGUGCCGAGGCCGUCAGUUAUCCAGUCGCUGUUGCGAUGCAUGGAACGCACAAGUGCAUAAGUUGAGCGCGCCGGAGACGUAAGGAACGUCAAGCUUAGCGGUCUCGAAUCGGAAUCGGAAGAAAUAAAUGCUCAAAGAGCGCAGACCUACCUGCGCUGUACAUCCUAUUAUCGGCCACGAUACGAACGAGUGUUGAGAGUCCUCGAGCGACGAAGACGACGAGGAUGGGGUUCCACGCUUUCACAGCCGCUGUGUUCGCGUUGUCCCUCAGUUUAAUUCUACGUGGGAGCGCUCUAGCGCACGAGAAAUUCGAUGACCAAUUCAAUGUCGUCUGGUCGUCGUCGAAUAAUAUUCUCGCCUACGAUGAUUCGAAGGAGGUCGAACUGUCGUUGACGAAAGCCGGAGGUGCCAAUUUUCAAAGUAGCGACUACUUUCUGUAUGGUUCCUUCAGCGUCAAGCUGAAGCUGAUCCACGGCGAGUCUGCUGGCACCGUGACCGCCUUCUAUCUCACUUCGUUCGGCGAGAAUCAUGACGAAAUCGAUUUUGAAUUUUUGGGCAACGAAACGGGCGAGCCCUAUACACUGCACACCAAUCUCUUCGUGAACGGCACCGGAGGAAGGGAGCAGCGAAUCAAGUUGUGGUUCGAUCCGACUACGGACUUCCACACGUACACCAUAAUCUGGAACCAUUUUCAAAUCUUAUGGUUGGUGGAUUACAUACCGAUCAGAUUCUACAGAAAUCUGGAAGACAUAUAUCCAGGCUCGUACCCUCAUCUGAGGCCGAUGGUUGUCUCGGCAUGUCUAUUCGACGCGAGUGCGUGGGCGACGCAAGAUGGAACGAAGCCCGUGAAGUGGCAGUAUGCCCCGUUCGUGGUGAAGUACAAGAAUUUCGCCUUCGAGGCCUGCGAAGUUCAAAGAGACGGCAGCACGCCGUGCGAUCACAACUACCGAGCGAAUUGGUGGGAGGGGUUGUAUUAUCAGAAGCUGGAUGAGGAAAGACGCGACCAGGUGAUGUGGGUCGUGAGCAAGUGGAAGAUUUACGACUACUGCUACGACAACAAGCGAUACCCCCGAGCUCCUCUCGAGCCUUUGGAAUGCAAUUACAACGUGCCCUGGGUGUGGUAGAGAAUGAGAGAAGUCCGCAUCCUCCUAGAUUACAUUAGCUCCUGCCUCCUGGUCCGUUCUCCCACCGCCGAAAGUCUUGCCUCGAUGUGUCGUCAGCUUGGGUGUAACAUUAGAAGUUCGUCUUUGUAAAGAUUCGAUUCGUUGCCCUGUGAUAAUAAACACUAGCAAAAUCAUCAUAGGUAAUAUACAAGUGCUAGCUAGGAGCUUAUGACUUCUCGCAGCACACUCUAGCUGUAGUUUACAAUGUCCUCCUUAGGCAGGUUCAGCAACCCACCAUAGAAGUGAGAUAGAAUCUAGCCACAGCAAAUCGGCAGCCGAUCGUAGUGGAAUUCGGCCUCGACUACGGCAUUGGGAUCGGAAGCGCGACGAAUUCCAGUGCCAUCUGCUGUCGAUUUGUGCCAUUCAUUCAGAUCGUCCAUAGAUUACAUUCAUUCUGUCAAAAUCGUUACAAGAGGAAAAAUCAGCUGAAAAAAACCCAACCGUAUCCCUCAUCUCAUGUCCUUCUCGCGCUGACUUUUUCCCCCCUGAACUUCACAGUUCUUUGAAUCUGGGGUCAUUUCGUUCCGUUCCGUUUGUUUGUUCCUCUUGUUUUUGCCCCCUUGAAAUGAAGCCUUCUGGAUCAGUCCAGUUUCGUUUAGAAAAACCCUUUAAUUGAACAAAAAGAUGGAGACCCUCUCGGCAUGAAAAAAUUUCUCGGCGAAGUCGGCGAAAACUUAUUCGGGACUGUGGCUCUGUACUCUCGCGGCCCAGGAAUGUAGGUCUCACAGCUCGCGCAAGUUUACGCCAUCCUAUAAUACACGAUGGGUCUAAUAAUAGGAGAUUUCUCCGAUCCUUU